CACGGCGUCCUCUUCAGCCUGGCCGCCUUGCUGCAGUCCGGGGCCCUGCGCAACCUCAGCCGCCUGGACCUGGCCGACAACGGACUGCUGGUGCUGCCCGCCGGCAUGUUCACCGCCCUGCCCGCCCUGCGGCAGCUGGACCUCAGCAACAACUCCCUGGUGGGCCUGCAGAACGUCUCCUUUCAGGGGCUAGGCCAGCUGCAGAGCCUCAACCUCAGCAACAACUCCCUGGCUGUGCUGUGGAACAGCACCCUGGCCCAGUUCCGCAGCCUGCCGACCCUCCGGCACAUCGACCUGGACCACAACACCUGGGUCUGCGACUGCCCCAUUGAGGACCUGGUGGCCUGGCUCAAGGAGAGUGACCAGGUGGAGAGCAAAGAAGCUCUGACUUGUGCAUACCCUGACAAGAUGUUGGGCAAAGCCCUGCUGAAGAUCAACAGCUUAGACCUGAACUGCUCUGUGCCCAUAGACCUGCCUUCCCAGCUCCAGACUUCGUACGUCUUCCUGGGGAUAGUCUUGGCUCUCAUUGGGGCCAUAUUCCUCCUAGUUUUGUACUUAAACCGAAAAGGAAUCAAAAAGUGGAUGCACAACAUCAGAGAUGCCUGUAGGGAUCACAUGGAGGGCUAUCACUACAGAUACGAGAUAAAUGCAGACCCCAGGUUGACAAACCUCAGCUCCAACUCAGAUGUCUGACAAAGUGCCCCAGAUGCAGGGCAGAGCACAGUACCUAUGCAUGAAAACUAGACUUAUGCUUUACCCUCAUGCUUGCUUCCCUCUCUUCUGAGAAGUCUCAGACAUGCUUGUAACCUGGGGGGGAUAUGCCUCCUUGAGAUUUCAAGUUCAUUUUUGUUUUGAGAAGCUGGACAGCUGACCAUAACAUUCAGCUGUAUGUAGGAAACAAGCUGCUACCUAUUUUCCACCUUGCCUGUCUGUACUUGUGGGAAAUUUUUUUCAAGAUGUCAGAAGAAAAAGAAUUUUCUCUGAUGCUCCAAAGCCACCAGAGUUUAUAAAACAUUUACCGACACAGAUGUUGUUCAACAAAAGCUGCCUCAACAUUUUUGGAAAAAGAUGUUAUGUCCCUCUGUGCCAGUUUUGGUCUUGUAUAUCCGAAUCAUGAUGCGAUGAUUACAUUUCAUAGACUACCUUGAGAUUUUAAGAAAAUAACUCCUUUUAAAAGCUCCUCAUUUACAUAGGAGGAAAUCAAAUAGUGAGCAUGCACAAACACUGUAUAGUUUUACAUGUUAGAAAACUUAUGAUCUCAGUAAGUCUCUUACUAUUUUGUAGAUAUUUUUGAUUGCAGUUUACCUGAAUCGAGAGAUUUUUUUAUACAAACUGCACCUAAACUGCAUCUCAUUUCCUUCUGAACUGUUAAAUUCAAUAAACGGUCUUACAAGAACUGUUGCGUUUGCUAUUCAAUGAGAAAUGUAUGGACAUCUAGGAAUGUGAAUAGCGCUAUAGUCUCAGAAGUAAUAGCUUUACAGUAGUAAUAUGAAUAAAAUUUUAUACGAAUGUGUAGCUUAAAGACAUAAAUGUUUGGCAGUUUUGUGAUAUAUGCUAGAAGAAUUACACUGAUCAAUGAUGGGAGCAGUUUCGUUUGGCACAAACCCCACAGUCUGCUCUCAAAGCAACUGCAAAACGUUGAGACGGAUGCUAGGGUCCACCUUGCUGGGAAGGUACAAGCUAAUAGAAUUUUCAAAAGGUGUUCUCCAGAUUUAAAAAAAUAACCAAAAUAAGUUGUGGAGUUUGUUAGCUAGAGAAAAUUUUACCUGAAUUGAAUUAUUUAUUAUAAAAAACCAUACUUAGGUGCCCUGAAGUAAAUUAAAUGCAGCUCAGUUGUACAGUUGGCAAGCUUUAGGCUUAUAAAUCACUGCAGCAUUUAUUAGAUUGCUAACUGGUUCCUUUUUAAGGUCUCUGUUCUCGUGAAGUUCUGUUGUGAUCUGCAUCUAGUAACUUGAUGGAACUUUAUCUUAAAGCAUUUAACAGGUGCAUUUCAGUAUGGUAUGGUACUCAUGCUUCUUACUUGCUCGGGAAUGAAUUUUCUUGUAAAUAGAUAAGGCAUGCAAAAAAACCCUUAAGAAUGCAUAAUUUAAUAUGCAACUCUGAUGGCAUAUAAAAAGGUUGGCAAGAAUCUUCCAAUGGCUGCCAAUAAUCAAUGCACUUUUCUGAUCUAUUUAUAGUUUCUUAAUGAAAAAAAAAUACACCAGCUGUAAAAGUGAUGUGACUUGAUAUAUAUCAGUUUAUCUGUGGAGCUUUUUCCAUGGUCACUGUUACUUGAAGCUCUUGAGCAUCUCUCAAAUUUUAUGAAUUACUGGCUAAUUCCUUUUGCUUUCAAAAGUGACAAUUUUCUCAGAUGUAUGCUUUUGGUAAGAACUCAUAAAUAUAAAAUAGCCCUUAAAGCAUCAGAAGAAAUAUAAUCUCUUUAGGCUAUCAGUAUUAUUCAAAAAUAUUUUUCAUCUCUGCAACUUCAGACAAAGCAAAUAGCACAAGUUGGUUCAGAUUUAUUUUCUAUUGCUUUAAGUUGGAUUUGUUUAACAAAAGUGAAUUUUUUUAUGUAGCUUUGUGCAUUUACCCUUAAAAGGAAAAAAAGGAAUGGGUAUUAAAUACAAUUAAAGUAUUGUAAAUCAGUAUAUUUUACAGUUAAUGUAAAUUAAAUGAUAACCUUUCUCUUCUGCUGUCAUUUAAAUGUAUGAGCAAUAUCUAGUUAACAGCAUAUGAAUUAAGUUUGUGGAUUCUUAAAAAGCAGACUGCCAGUCUGAAUAUUAGCUGCCCGUAUUUUAAUAGCGUAAAAACACCAGUGUGAAGAACUAUUACUGUGCCCCUAUGCAAACUGUUCAUACUCGGUAUACAUCAGAUAGUUUAUGUAAGAAGCAAGAAUUUAUAGUAGUUACGCAGUGUGCUUUGUUGUAUCGGUCAUUUUGGAGAUCAUCAACUUACACUUACUUGUACAGUGCCAAGAGGAGCAGAGCAUCAUCCUUGCUUCAGAUGCUCCUGUAAUAUAAUAGAUAAAAUAUGUAUAAACCAAGCCAAUUCUUAGGCAAUUUCCUGAGUUUUGUUAACAGACACUUUAAAGUAACUACAGUAAAAGCAGUUAUCCGUGAUGUUUUAAUGUAACGGCUGCGCAUUUAUAGAGCUGUGUAAGGACAGGCAACAACUUUAAUUGCAUUUUCUCACCAAUGGAGCAAGUAUUUAUAUAGUGGGCAAGUGUAACCGUUGUACUACACUUAUUAUUCUAAAGAUUAUUAUUAAUCUUAUUUUUGUAUCUUAGAAAGUCAAUGUAAUAGAAAUUUAUUAGAGAUCUGGUAACAGCUACUUUAAAGCAAUUUUUGUCAUUUGCUUACAUGUGUAUUUAUUAGGAUGUAUCAUUUAGCAUGUGUCAGUGUUGUGGUGGAUAAUGUUCUCCUACUGUGUUUGACCAGCAGUGAAUGCUUUGGUGUUUUGUACAAUGCAUUAUUUGAUCUUAAAUCCCCUUUCAUAAACAGUGCUUGAAAUUUG